CAGUUCUGGAAGAAUCUCGACAUUCGCGGUAAUAGCCGUAAUGACGCUAUCUCGAUUGUCGCAUUCAUUUUCGGAAUAUAUACAAGCCGAGGGGUGAAUGCGACAAAUAUAAAUAAUGUAGUGUGCAUCUAGUGUGUAUUCUAGUUAAAAAGUCGUUUAAUAAUUAAUGAUUUAUCUAUAUGUGCCGUAACGUCGCGUACCGUACGUUGCGAAUCAUGCUCGCUCGAUAAAAAAUUGUGCCUUAAAAAAUUCGUGACAUUUCAAUCGCUCGAGUUGAGUGAAAGACAGGGGUUUGUUGUUACCUGUGAAAGAGGACAAUAGGGUAAGGACUCGCAGUUUCUCGGUGUUUGUAACCAAAAGAAUUGACGCAACCUAUUAUCCGAGAGAGAAAGAGUACUCGGUGAUGUUUUAUGAAAUGUCAGUUUCCACCAUGACAAGACUAUACGCGCUAGUGUUGUGAGUACUAUUGUGAUAUGAAUGUCAAUCCAGUUUGAGGUUAAACCCCACAACACUCCAUGUAUCUCUCAUUUUAUCCCGCCUACAUUGGACAAUAGAAUCAAAUGUGCUAAGGCCAGCCCCUAACUUGUCUACCCUUUAUGCCAGAGGAAUGGUAUGAUGAUGCAGACUGUUGGCAAAUAGUUCUUGUACAUUGUGGUGAUCCAUUUUGGUGCAUCGUCUAUAUGCAUUGAUGUGUGUAUACCAUUUGUGUGUUAUGUUCCAAUCUGAGUGAAUAGAGAACGUAGAAUCAUGGCAGAUCGGGAUUAUGAUAUGGGUCCUGCAACAGAAAUGAUGGUAAAUGAUUUUGAUGAUGAACGAACAUUGGAUGAAGAAGAAGCGUUAGAAGGUAGUGAAGAUUCUCACAACGAGUUGUCCAAUUUGCAAAAGGAAGGUGACAUGCCACUGAAAGAUCUACUUGCCAUGUACGGGUACGGUGAUCCCUCGACGGAGAACUCGAACAGUUCCGAUCAUAUGUUACUGCCAUCUGGAAGUGGUGAUCCUGAGACCGAGGAGCGUUACUCGGAUAAAGGUGACAACGAUGCGGACGACGACGAUGAUGACGACGAGGCCGAUGCGGCUAGCAACGAGCCGGAUCUCAAGCAAUUCUAUACAGAAAUGCUGGUGAAAGGAAAAGAUAAGGCAUCAUCAUUAUCAGGAUCAACAAUGAAAAGCAAUAACAGUGAUGGAGUAGGCAGCAGGGACAACAGAAAGCGUAGGAUCGACGAUGACGAAGAUGAUGAUGAAGAUGCCGAAGCUGAAGAAUGCUCGAUGACUGGCACGCGAAGUGGAAACGGAAAGAAAACUAGAUCGUCGCCUACGAUAGUGAACGCUAAUGCCGUUACAUGCGACGGUAUAGUUAAUUUAGGUACAGCCAGUGCUGCUGACAGUAUUGUCGAAGAAAGUAGCGCCAGUGGUGCGAUUGAUGGUCCAGAAGAUAGGAUAGUCAGUGCGGGAAUAGGCAGUGGCAGUUCGAGAUUAUUACGAAGUGUUUCGAGGCCGCAAAGCGAGGAAGAAGAGGACGAUUGCGACUACAGUCCGGAUGAAGAAGAGUGGAAGAAGACAAUCAUGGUUGGCACUGACUACCAAGCAGCAAUUCCAGAAGGCCUGUGUCGUUACGACGAUGCGUUGCCGUACGAGAAUGAAGAUAAGAUGUUGUGGGAUCCCAGUCAUAUAUCCGAAGAAGAUACGGAAGAGUUUUUGGAACGCGCGCAACUUCCGGUCGUAAAGGGUGGCUCAUUACCGGCUGGAUCUCAUAUUAGAGAUGACGAGCAGGCCUUGUAUCUUCUACUGCAAUGCGGUUACAAUCUCGAUGAAGCAUUGCGAAGACGUCGAAUGAAUGUACUUCCUCCUACGGAUGCAGUGAGUCUUUGGUCAGAAGAGGAAUGUCAUAAUUUUGAAUCCGGAUUGCGCACUUAUGGGAAAGAUUUUCAUCUUAUACAAAAGAAUAAGGUGAGAACGAGAUCUGUCGGAGAGUUAGUGCAAUUUUAUUACUUGUGGAAGAAAACGGAGCGGCAUGAUAUAUUUACGUACAAAGCUCGAUUAGAAAAGAAAAAGUAUGCUCUGCAUCCUGGUAUCACCAGGGACUAUAUGGACCGAUUCCUCGAGGAACAAGAGGGAGUGCGAGACCGUAGCAGUUCGCCUAACGUCCACUGUUUGCUGUAUGGUGACGCCAAACGACAAAGAUCUAGCACCAACGUGAUUAAUAAUGACGAAUCCAAAUCGACAGAACCUUGGGAUGGAAACGCAGUCGACCCGUUGGCAGAGAUCAAUGGUCCAACGGCGCCGCCACCACCACCACCUCCACCGCCACCGCCCUUGGUAACAUCGGCCGCAGUUACCAUAUCUUCGUCCAUGUGCAAUUCCAGCGCUUUAACUACACCGACAUAUUGUUCGUCGACAAUUCGUCAUCCAGAUUGUCCUUCGUCCGAAUCGGGUUGUGCGCUAGCAGAACGCUGGAGCGAUCUAGCGUCUCGAAAUCAGCCUACCUCCUCAGUCAUCACGACGAUAACGAUCAGUACUACCACAGCUACUAUGUCUACAACAAUGGUUACAGGCCUCGGCUCGACAAAUACAGUUACUACUUGUUCUACCGCCUCUGCCCCUGCGGUUUCCAAUAAUUACUAUCAUCAGCGAGUAACAUCAUCUAGAAGCAAUGAUUCCCACGAUACACCCUCACCUGAGAACAUUUUACCUCAUUUGCCCCCUUAGCGUCUAAUCCGACCUUCAGGUGUUCAGCCUGAAAGGCGGCGGAUGUCUUUACGCGGUGUGCCUAACUCGGCACUCACAUCAUCACUCACAUCGCUAAUGUCUUAACGCAUAAUAAUAUUCAUUAAUAUCAAGGAUUAUAUUUUUAUACUAUAUCGUAAUUAUUCAUUGUCCUUAGCACAUGAGUGCGUAAUGUUAUAUAUAGUGAUGCGGAAGUCGGAGGAAUGUGCAUUUGCGAGGAAAAGAGACUAAAGUAUAUAUAUAUAUUAUAUAUAUAUAUUAUAUAUAAGAUUCAAGAUAAAAAUUAAACAUAAUUAAACUGAGCGAAAAACGGGAAUUACUGUAGCUUUCUCUAUUUUUCUUCUUCCCGUUUCUGAAGAAAUAUUUCUAGAAAAAAGAUGUAUUUCAAUUGAAAUUAAUAUCUCGGUUGAAAAUGUAAUAGUUAUUCACAGUCAGUGGAUUGACAGAGAACUGAAACGGCAUCACAUGCACCAUUAUUGUAAUUAAUGUGUAAUUCACAAUUUAUCCAAAGCACAUCUCUGUCUUUGGAUUGGCAAUAAAUUUGUAAAAGACGAAAUCUCGUGAAACUUGUCAGUUCAAACCAAAAUAAAUAAAAAAUAAUAAAUGUUUAAAUGAUAAAAUUUAAAUGAAAGUCAAUAAAAACAGUUGUUAUUAUUUUCAUGUAAAGGAUACGCGUAAAUAGCUAGAUCCUUAAUAAAUAGAUAGAUCCUAAUAAUUCGUUUUGUCCUUCGUUAAGUAGUUGGCUGUGUAUAAAAUCGUAUAUUUUGUAUUUUGCACAUUUUUCUUAGAAACUAUUUAAGAAAAACAUGAAGUAUUUCUAAUUUACUGAAUAUACACAUUACAUUAUGUUUAAUCAUUCAUAAAUAGUGAUAUAAAAACACAGGCUAAAUUAGAAAAAAAAAAUAGAUUUAAUAUGAUGUUUUU